AAUUUAUGAGAGAGUUAAUAUAGUAUACAAUACCAGAGAUUGAGCGAUCUUUGGCAUUUUUUGUUUUGCUUUGCUUGUGCUGAUGGGUUGAAGCUUUUUCUUUCAUAUUCAAAACUUCGAACAUAAGAAAAGGCGUGACACUUCAGCAAACAAAAAUUGUCAAAGAUUAAUUGUAUUUUGUGAUCACAAAACUUGGACUUCGUUAUACUAAAACAGAAAAGUUCUGAUUUAAAGUUUAAAUGAAAUUUUAAAAAAUUCUGUGCAGAGUUUGAAAUUUUGCGUUAUACGGUUUUUAUUGUAGUAUGAAUUAUUUUUUUAUAGAAAAAUAAUUGUGUGUUAUAAUAUUGCAUACAUAACUCGUCGUGUUCCGAAUCACCAAUGACGGUGAAAGCCAGUGUACUACAUGGAAGUGCUUUUGGGACAGUUUUGCAGCAAGAGUUCGGUAAAAAUAUGGGCUGCCUGUCCAGCGUUUUUAGGUGUGGGCAUCGGACAGGCAAUUGCGACAUUGGCGGUAUUAACAUACUACUCAGCUUUGUUAGCUCUUACCAUUUAUUACUUUAUUGGAUCGUUUCAAUCGCCUUUGCCAUGGGCAUUCUGCAGGGAGGAGUGGGGAACGAAUUGUGUAAAUUCCAGUGUUUUAAACAAUGAAGAUAACUACUCGGUUGACAGGUUGCAAAGCAGUUCUGAAUUAUAUUUCACUAAAACUGUACUAAGGGAAAUCGAGGAUAUAUCUGAUGGCAUUGGGACUCCUAGUUGGCGCCUCGUAUUAACUCUCUUGGCUUCUUGGAUAGUUGCCUAUUUUAUUAUAAUCAAAGGCGUCCGAAGUUUGGGAAAAGCUGCAUACUUCUUAGCGAUAUUCCCUUACGUAAUCCUCUUUACGUUGCUAAUAAGGGCAGUCACAUUGGAUGGAGCUGCAGAUGGUAUCAUCUAUUUUCUAAAACCUGAAUGGAAUAAACUGUUAGACAUGAAGGUGUGGAAGGAAGCUGUAGUUCAGUGUUUUUUUUCCUUGUCUGUUUGUUUUGGUCCAAUUGUCGCAUUUUCUUCGCAUAAUAAUUUUCGGUAUAAUGUUUAUCGAGAUGCUAUGAUUGUUACAACUUUGGACACUUUUACAUCUUUAUUGGCUGGAAUUACAAUUUUUGGAAUUUUAGGAAACUUGGCACUUAACUUAAAUGCUAACGAUAUCAGUGACGUUGUACGAAGUGGCACUGGAUUGGCAUUUAUUUCAUAUCCGGAUGCCAUCGCCAAGUUUCAAUUUGUGCCUCAGCUUUUUUCGGUAUUAUUCUUUUUCAUGCUAUUCGUCCUGGGAAUCGGAACCAUAGCAGCGCUACAAAGUGCAGUCAUUACAAUUCUUUGUGACCAGUUUAAAUUAAAAAAAUUUUGGUUGGUAUCUUUGAUCGUGGCAAUCAUAGGAUUUAGCGUUGGUAUAACGUAUGUGACCCCGGGUGGACAAUGGAUUCUAAAUCUUGUGGAUUAUUUUGCUGGAACUUUUAUAGUAUUUUCUCUUGCAGUUUUUGAAGUUAUCGGUAUGACUUGGUGUUAUGGUCUUCGCAACUUUUGUGAUGAUAUGGAGUUCAUGACCGGUCGUAAGGUAUCAAUUUACUGGCGUUUUUGCUGGGGUAUAAUAACUCCAUUAUUAUUGGCAGUGAUUUUUAUUUACUCACUUGUGAUCAUGGAACCAUUGACGUAUUCUACAUGGUCGUACCCAGUUUCCGUUGAGAUUAUUGGUUGGAUGUUGCUUGUCAUAGGAUUCCUCCAGUUCCCUUUAUGGGGCAUUUGGUAUUUAUACACACACAAACAAACUUCUUUUGGAAAGACAAUCAAAAAGGGUGUAUCACCAAGUGCAAAAUGGGGUCCAAUUGAUCCAAAAAUACACGCAGAAUGGCUGCAGCAUAAACAGUAUUUAAGGAACAUGCGAGACGAAGAGCGAAGAAAGAAAGGACUGAGCAAAUUUAAACAGAAUUUGUUUUACCUGAUUGGUAUAUCCAAUUAAAACUAAAAUGAUAUCAUA